ACUCUCAAUGGCGGAAAAGCUAGCUCUCCCUCUUAUCCUCCCAAAUCCCCCUCCCUCUAAACCUCUCUUCCAAGACUUGCCUCCCUCAGCCGCCGCGCCUCCUCUCCCCCCUCCCAACUUAUCCCCUCUCUUCCACGAUUACCUUUCCCAACAAAGCCCCGCCACCACCUCCUCCCACGACCCCUUCUCCCUCCAGCGCCCACGCCAUCGCAUCGGCAAGCACCGCGACCCCAACAAGGGCAAGCCCUGGCUCAAUCGCCGCCUCUCUCCUCUAGGUGAGCGCACUCUCCACUCCCUCAUCAAUCCUCAAUUCAAUCCGGCCAAGCUCCACCAAGAGCUAUCCGCUUUGCUUAGGUAUAGAAUUGAAGACUCCGAAUUUUCUGAGGAUUAUAUAGAUGCUGUAUUUUCUGAUUUAUUGGGUAUAAUUAAGGGUUUGGGGUUUCAUAAAAAAUGCGACUUGGCUAUGAGUGUUUUCGAUUGGAUAAAGAAUCGUUCGGAUUCGCAGAAAUUGAUCAAUGGGUCUGUCGUAGCGGUGGUGAUUACUAUGUUGGGGAAGGAUGGCCGGAUUUCUGCUGCAGCUUCUCUGCUGCAUAAUUUGCAGAAAGAUGGAUAUGGGAUUGAUGUGUAUGCUUACACUUCCUUGAUUACUGUUUUUGCUAGAAAUGGGAGGUAUAGGGAGGCUGUAAUGGUGUUCAGGAAAAUGGAGGAGGAGGGUUGCAAGCCUACUUUGAUAACUUAUAAUGUGAUUUUGAAUGUUUUUGGCAAAAUGGGGAUGCCUUGGCACAAAAUCAUGGAGGUUUUUGAUGGUAUGAAGAGCUCAGGUGUCGUUCCUGAUGCUUACACGUACAACACCAUCAUAAGUUGUUGUAGGAGGGGAUCUUUGUAUGAAGAAGCUAAAGUGAUGUUUGAGGAGAUGAAAUCAGCUGGUUAUGUGCCCGAUAAGGUUACUUAUAAUGCUUUGUUGGAUGUUUAUGGGAAGUCGAGGAGGCCUGAGGAGGCGAAAGAAGUUUUGAGGGAGAUGGAGGUUAAUGAUUUCUCCCCGAGCAUAGUGACUUACAAUUCAUUGAUAUCUGCUUAUGCUAGGGACGGUUUGUUGGAGGAGGCGAUGGAGCUGAAAGAUAAGAUGAUGGAUAAGGGGAUCAAGCCGGAUGUGUUUACUUAUACUACAUUGUUGUCAGGCUUUGAGAAGGCUGGGAAGGAUGAUUCUGCGAUGAAGGUGUUUGAGGAGAUGCAAGCUGCAGGCUGCAAUCCAAACAUCUGCACUUUCAAUGCUCUGAUUAAGAUGUUUGGGAAUCGUGGCAAGUUUACGGAGAUGAUGAAGAUUUUUGAUGAUAUGAAGGCGUCUGGAUGCAAGGCUGAUGUUGUUACUUGGAACACUCUCUUGGCCGUAUUUGGGCAGAAUGGGAUGGACACGGAGGUAUCGGGAGUGUUCAAGGAAAUGAAGAAGUCGGGGUUUGUGGCUGAGAGAGACACGUUUAACACGUUGAUUAGUGCUUAUAGUAGGUGUGGAGCUUUUGACCAGGCAAUGGCUAUAUACAAGCUCAUGUUGAAGGCGGGGGUUGCCCCUGACCUAUCCACGUACAAUGCUGUUUUGGCAGCGUUGGCACGAGGGGGGCUGUGGGAGCAGUCAGAGAAAGUGUUUGCUGAGAUGAUGAACGGAAGGUGUAAACCUAACCAGAUGACCUAUAGCUCGUUGCUUCAUGCGUAUGCUAAUGGGAAGAAAGUCGAGAAGAUACACGAUCUUGCUAGAGAUAUAUAUGAUGGUGCAAUCGAACCACAUCCUGUGUUGCUGAAAACCCUUGUUCUGGUCUACAGCAAGAGUGAUCUCGUACAUGAAACAGAGCAAGCCUUCCUCGAGCUGAGGAGGAAAGGCUUCUCCCCCGACGUGCCUACCCUAAAUGCUAUGGUUUCAAUAUAUGGUCGGAGGCAGUUGCUCGACAAGGCCAAUGAGAUCCUGAACUUCAUGAAGGAGAACGGGAUCACACCUAGUCUAACAACAUACAAUAGCUUGAUGUACAUGCACAGCCGGUCUGGGAACUUUGAGAAAGCUGAGGAGAUACUGAGGUAUCUGGUGUCGAAAGGGGUGAAGCUCGAUAUCAUCUCGUACAAUACUGUGAUCUACGGCUACUGCAGGAAUGGCCGAAUGAAAGAUGCAUCGAGGAUAUUCGAGGAGAUGACUGCAUCCGGGGUUGCCCCAGAUGUCAUCACAUACAAUACCUUCGUUGCUAGCUAUGCUGCAGAAGCGAUGUUUGUGGAGGCCAUUAGUGUGAUCCGGUAUAUGAUCAAGCACGGCUGCAGGCCGAACGAGAGCACGUAUAACUCCAUUGUGGAUUGGUACUGUAAGCUGAACAGGAGCGAGGAAGCCAUGAUGUUUGUGACUAAUAUUCGCCAACUGAAUCCUCUGGUAUCAAAGGAUGAGGAAACCAGGUUAUUGCAGAGGCUGACAACGAGAUGAGAGGGUUGCAUCCCGUCUCUACCAUGAAACGAGCCUCUCCAUGUGUGGUGGGCGUCGCCAGAGAUAGGUCGGAGUUGGGUGUUGCCAGAAGGACAGAUAUAUGUGUGGAGGUAAUGCCAAAUUUAGCAGAUAUAGAUGUGUAUCACUGUUCCAUUGCAAAACUACUUUGAUUUGCAUUGUGAUAGGAGUACUACAUAGGUGAUGGAUUAGUUAUGUAUAUAUAUGCAUAUAGUAAAGUUUUACAAACUAAAUUUAGUUGCUAAAUAUUGCUUAAUUUUGUUAUUGUAUUUCUCUAAUUAUAUGCGUGUGAUGCUAAUAUAAAUGAAAGGGGUUUUAUGAGUU